UACGUCAAACACUUCAAAUGACAGUUCUUCAAUUCAUCCAUCAGUAGUUCAUAUUAGUUUGUCAAUCCAUCCGUUCACACAGAAUUGAUACAAUUAUUAAAAUUUUUAGUGUAAAAUGAAAAGGUACUUGUUGUUUUAGAACGCAUUCACACACAAAACGUUUCUGCGCGCCAAAUAAUUGAAAUUUCAACAGUUUAAAAUUCAAAAUGCUGGCACCUGAUAAGUUCAUCUCCCCUAUGAAGCAAAUGACUGGUGCGGAGGAAAAUCGUCACUUUUUGCGAGCAUUCAUUCACACAUAUCGGGAUUUGCCUGUUUUGUGGGACACCUCCUUACGAGAUUAUACAAAUCGUGAUAAGCGCGCUGAAGCUUACGAACAGCUUGUACCUAUCUACCGUUAUCUCAAACGUGAUGCAAAUGUUGAAGACGUAAAGAAAAAGAUCAACACAUUACGCACAAAUUAUCGGAAAGAGUUGAAAGUAGUGGAAAGUGCACGUCGUAAUGGUACUAUACAUCAUCCCCGUUGUUGGACAUACCUUGAAUUGGAUUUUCUACGCAAUACCGAAAAGUUUUUAGCCGUUAAUCCAAAUACUCGCGGUGAUUCCUUUUCAGCUUUUAAUGAAAAUUCUCAGUCACAAGCUUCCUUCAUGGACUCGUCAACAACCGGUUAUAAUUUUCGCACAAUGAUGGGUGUAAACACAGUGCAAUCGCCACCGAGUAUUGCCGAAAUGUUUCACAAAUCCUUUGGUAGCACCCAGAAAUUAGAACCAGAACAGACCCCUCCACCAACUGUGCCACAGGUGCCUGUAACAUCUUCUACAUCUACUGCGCAGUCGGGAAACUCAGACUACAAUCACACUGGGCAUCAAACCGAAAGCACAACGGUUCGUGCAAAACGUUUGCGCUUUUCACCAACGAACGUUACAAAUUCAACUGGUCAAACUCCUGAAGAGUUGCUUAGCAUAGCAUGUGACUACCUUUCGGGUACAUUUCCAGAAGAAGAAUCUAUUGCACGCACUUGGACCCAUAAGCUGAAGCGUUUGCAACGUGAACAGCGAUUGUUGGCUGAAAAGUUUAUAAACGAAAUACUUUUUGAAGCUGAAUCGGGUACACUACACCGCGGAUCGGUGCAUAUUAAUAGAUUUGAACCAUUUGUUCGCUUUGAAGAGCAAUCACGCAACGAUAAUGAACAAGAUAAAUCACAAAGUCCCAGUGUGCAUACGUCCACAGCAGCAUUAUCAUAUGAAGGUGAAAUCAAAUCAAGUUCAAGCUCAUGUACUGGGACUGAAAAUGCUAAUACGGCAAAUGAAAAUGGAUAUGAUAACUUUCCAAACUAAUUUUAUUUAUCUUAAUUAGCUUUAAGUUUUAAUGUGAAUUUUUUUUUUUAUUUUCGAUUGAAUCUCUAAAGCGAAUAUUCCAUUACAUUUACACGUUUGAGUGUGUAUACAUAUCUUUCUGUACAUAAAAAAAAAUAAAUAUCGCUUUUUAAAAAACUA